AGAUUGGAAUGAUUUCUGACUUUUUAUUCUUUUUUUUUUCUGUCACAAAAUUUUCCGGUGCCCAUCUUUCCUCAUAUUUUCUCCUUUUUACUGCUGUCAUCUAUGUGUGAUAUGUGAGAUUGUAAAUUUGAAUCUAAAAGUGCAGUCUGUGAGUACAUGGGAGCAGUGUGAGUUUGUCUUUGUGUGUGUGUGUUUUGUGCUUGUGUGUGUGUGUGUGUAUGUGUGUGUUUUGUAUUUGUGUAGUUGUGUAUGUUGCGUGUGUGUGCAUGCUUGUGUGUCUGAAUAUUUCACUCACAAUGUGUGUUUGUGUGUAUGCAUGUGUGCGUCUGUGUGCAUGUGCAUGUGUGUCCGUGCGCAUACGUGUGUGUGUGUAAAUGGAUGUCCGGAUGAUGUCAUGCAUAUAAGUUAGUUUGACUUUUCUGUGAACAAAUAGCAGGACAGCCAGGUUGCAGUUCACAUUGGGCCACAUACAGCCUGUUAAGUCUUAGGCCAUUGUCACCUUACAAAACUGUCAUAGAUAUUUCCACUACUGUUUCUGGUAGAAACAUCUGGAAAGGGAGGGCAAACUUAAUCCAUGCAACAUGCCUGAAAUGAUUAUGAUGACGUUUCUGAUAUGAUAUUCCUGCAGGCACCUUUUCAAAAUGAACAAGACACCUAUCAUUGUGGUUAAUAAUGCCACCUAUUCGUAAUGUACACAUUAAUGUUUAAUGAGCCUGGCUUUUACAUGUAAGUUUAAACCUUACCACAUCUGCAUCAUGUAUGGAAGCCUCUUCACUUCAACAGCAACAUCUGUUGUUACAAUGUAGUUCCCACUAAGAGUUAUAAUAUAUAUGUAUAUGUAGGAGAUGGAAGGUAGAAGUGAGAAUGAAGAGCUUUUCUACAGAAAGUCAGUGGAUGGCAUUUGUAUGUGGCUCUCGGAGAACAACUUUCGUGAAUUGGUUCCAACAUUUGAAGAACAGGACAUAGAUGGUACGGCCUUCCUGGCGCUCCACUACGGAGCGGUGAGGAGCCUGGUGCCGCGGGUCGGCCCGCGCCUCCGGUUCUGGCAGGCCUACCUCAAACUCUUCCCUCACAAAAGGAAACUGGCCAAACACAGGCAGCCACAGUCUGCAGCGGUCAGAACGGGGUCGAGAGGCAGAAAACUGACCAUCAGGGAGACCACCGUACAGGAGAGGACCGUCACCAACCGUACUGUCAGGUUCCACAACAGUACAGGGGUCGGAGGGCAGAGGUCAGGCCAGAACAGGUCACACAGUGAUGCUGCAGGAGGUCAGAGGUCAAGUCAUAGCGCCCACCUGAAGGGCCUGGGUCGGAGUUUAAGUCUGACCGGGGGUUGAUUGAGUUUACCGUAACGUGCUAUACCAAUUUGUAUAUGAAAUAAACAGGCAGGUCAAAUAGUUGCUUGACAGUUCAGUAACAAAUUUGUUGUCAAGUUCUUUAAACAUUUGAGGAUUUUGAGUCUCAGACUGUGGCAUGAAUGAAGUGUUUCAAUGUUAGGAAUGUGUUUGAACCUGUGUGGAUGAAAAAGAUUGAAUGUGGUGAGAAUGUGUGUGUGAUCAUUUUGUCUGUGCUAUACUGCUUUCCCUUCUGUCUGUCUUUAUCAUGCUGUUGUGGCAAGGCACCUUUUACUUUCCACUAUUGCCAAUUUUUUCUUGAUAUAUUUAUUGUUUUUCAGAACAUUUCUUCCAAAUUGCACUUCUAUCUCUCUCUUAUAACUUUCCUCCAUUUCUGCUCCAUGGCACACACCUCUGCGGACAUUUGUGGUGAAGCAACUUUAACAUCUUUCUACCGAUGCCUAUUUUCCUUGAUAUUGCAGUUUUUCGGAACAUUUAUUCCAAAUUGCACAUCUUUCUCUCUCUUAUAACUUUCCUCCGUUUUUACCCGA